GGUCACUCAUUUCUUUCACAUAAUCAUAAUUCUUUUCUUUCAGCGUACCAAACUUGAACGUAACAAUGUGGAAGUUGAAGAUUGCAAAAGGAGAAGAUGGUCCAUAUUUGUAUAGCACAAAUAACUAUGUUGGACGACAAAUAUGGGAGUUUGACCCAAGUGCUGGAACAAUAGAAGAACGGGCUGAGAUCGAAGAGGCCCGUCAACAAUUCUGGAACAAUCGUUAUAAAGUCAAGCCUAGUAGCGAUCUUCUUUGGAGAAUGCAGUUUCUUCGAGAGAAGAAUUUCAAACAGAGAAUUCCGUCAGUAAAAGUAGAAGAGGGAGAAGAAAUUAGCCAUGAAGUUGCUACAAUUGCAUUGCGUAGAGCUGUUCAUUUCUUCUCAGCUUUACAGGCUACUGAUGGACAUUGGCCUGCAGAAAAUACUGGUGUUUUGUUCUCUCUUCCACCUCUCGUUAUGUGUAUGUAUAUCACUGGCCAUCUUAAUACUGUAUUCCCACCUGAACAUCGCAAGGAAAUUCUUCGCUAUAUAUAUUGUCAUCAGAAUGAAGAUGGUGGAUGGGGAUUGCACAUUGAAGGUCACAGUACAAUGUUCUGUACGACUCUGAGUUACAUAUGCAUGAGGAUCCUUGGAGAAGGAAUAAAUGGUGGUGAAAACAAUGCAUGUGCUAGAGCAAGGAAAUGGAUUCUUGAUCAUGGCAGUGUCACUGCAAUUCCUUUUUGGGGAAAAACAUGGCUUUCAAUUCUUGGAGUUUUUGAAUGGAUAGGAACCAAUCCAAUGCCACCUGAGUUUUGGAUUCUUCCAUCUUUUAUUCCCGUGCAUCCAGCAAAAAUGUGGUGUUUCUCUCGAAUGGUCUACAUGCCAAUGUCUUAUCUCUAUGGGAAGAGAUUUGUUGGUCCAAUCACACCUCUCAUUUUGCAACUCAGGGAAGAGUUAUAUGAUCAGCCAUAUGAUGAAAUUAACUGGAAAAAGGUGCGCCAUGUAUGUGCAAAGGAGGAUCUCUAUUACCCUCAUCCAUUGGUUCAAGAUUUGAUGUGGGACUGUCUCUACAUAUGUACCGAGCCUCUAUUGACUCGUUGGCCUUUCAACAAGCUGAGAAAUAAAUCUCUUGAAGUUACAAUGAAACACAUACACUAUGAAGACGAGAAUAGUCGAUACCUCACAAUCGCAUGUGUGGAAAAAGUAUUGUGCAUGCUUGCUUGUUGGGUUGAGGAUCCCAACGGCGAUUAUUUCAAAAAACAUCUUGCUAGGAUUCCAGAUUAUUUAUGGGUAGCUGAAGAUGGAAUGAAAAUGCAGAGUUGUGGUAGUCAAACAUGGGAUGCUAGUUUUGCUAUUCAAGCACUAUUGGCCAGUGAGAUGAAUGAUGAGAUAUCAGAUACUCUUAGAAAAGGACAUGACUUCAUAAGAACAUCUCAGGUGACCUUCAAUCCUUCUGGUGAUUUUAAAGGGAUGUAUCGGCACAUCUCAAAAGGAUUGACUUUUGCAGAUCAAGAUCAAGGAUGGCAAGUAUCUGAUUGUACUGCCGAAGGAUUAACGUGCUGCCUUCUGUUCUCUUCAAUGCCUUCUGAAUUAGUCGGUGAGGCAAUGGAACCAGAGCGACUGUAUGACUCGGUGAAUGUUAUUCUUUCGUUACAGAGCAAGAAUGGGGGUUUAGCAGCAUGGGAACCUGCAGGGGCCUCAGAGUAUUUGGAGUUGUUCAAUCCUACUGAAUUUUUCGCGGACAUUGUUAUUGAGCAUGAGUAUGUUGAGUGCACUGGCUCGUCAAUCCAAGCACUUGAUCGGUUUAAGAAGUUAUACCCUGGACACCGAACCAUUGAGGUUGGCAAUUUCAUUGAUAAUGCUGUCAAAUACGUGGAAGAUGUACAGAAGUCUGAUGGGUCAUGGUAUGGUAACUGGGGUGUGUGCUUCACAUAUGCUUCCUGGUUCGCUCUUCGAGGGCUUGCUGCAGGAGGCAAGUCAUACAACAACUGUGCAGCUGUUCGUAAAGGUGCAGAAUUUCUUCUAAGAACACAAAGGUCUGAUGGUGGUUGGGGAGAAAGCUACCGUUCUUGUCCUGACAAGGUAUACAGAGAACUAGAAACAGAUCACUCAAAUCUCGUACAAACUGCAUGGGCAUUGAUGGGAUUGAUUCACUCUGGCCAGGUUGACAGAGAUCCAAGGCCCCUCCACCGUGCGGCUAGGCUGUUGAUUAAUUCUCAGACGGAAAAUGGUGACUUCCCACAACAGGAAAUAACUGGAGCUUUCUUGAAGAACUGCAUGUCGCUCUACGCAACAUACAGAAAUAUAUUUCCAUUGUGGGGUUUGGCAGAAUAUCGCAAAAACGUCCUAUUACCAUUAAAACACAACUAAAUAUAUAGAAUGCAAUAUUGUCCUGAAGAAAUAAUGUUGUUUAUUGCUUGUUGUAGCAAUGAAAGUGAUGUAACAACGUGUAAAAUCAUUAUAAUUCUCCCCAGAAAGCUAUUUAUACUUGUGUUAUUCUAUAUAUCGCCACUCUUAAUGAUUAUACUCUAGCAAAUGAUCACCGUGGAAUGUGAUCAUAAGUUGUACAAUUGGCCUUAAAGCAUAAAACUUUGAUGCCUGUGGCUGUGUGUUCCAUUUGGGUUAUGUUAAGAAAGACUAGUAUGCUUACCCGCGCGAAGCGCGGAUUAUUGUAAAGAGAAAAAAAAAGGAGAAAGAUAAUUGUAACAAUCUUGGGGACUUAAUAUUUCAUCGAUUGUUUAAUAGAUAUGAA